CAGUUCAGAGCCCGCUCGCUGCUAGGCUUUCCAGUCUUUACGUUUGCCUGCUUUCGUUUCCACCAGCGAUCCUGAGCCACGGAUGGUUGGAGGGUAAUGAUUAUUUUUUCUGGUGUGUGGCACCCGUUAGCGUUGUUCCUCUGACCGAGCUCCUCUGUCCAUGAGUCGGGAAAAUUAGCAGUGAAAAGGUCAUGGUGACUUAAGCGACUCACUCGGCCUCUCACACGAUCUUCAUCCACAUGCUGUAGGGUGUAUAUAAUCAUGUUUCUGCCUACAGGAGGUGUUGUAUGCAUACGCUGACAUGAAACCUAUGCCCUACCUGAACAUCUCGAUUUUUAAGUCAAUAUGAAAGAGGAAUGAUUUUUCAGAAGAGUUUUGGUUGUGGACUACUGAACUAUUUGCAAAAAGCAGCCGCUUGUGGGCCCGACUAGAACUUUGAAUGAGAUUAUAGUGACCAAAAGUUUCUCAUGGGUAUUUGAAGGUUUCUUUUCAUGAGAAAACAGUAGAAAACAUACAUGACGUGUAGACUGGCUGCUCUUGAGUACAGCUAGAUUAACGAGCUGUAACUCACGUACAAAAUUUCACUUUGAUCAGUAACUGCUGUCAGUUUGACUUGGUAGUGUAUGUGGCUAAAGCACAAAUUUCAACUCUUAACUCAGAGACAACCUUGUUCAUUGUUUCUCACCUAACAAGUAGUCUUUCUGUAGAAUAAGACAGAAAUUGAGAGGGUGGUACCAUGUAUAGGGAUGGACACUGAAAUAAUGUAUGGUCAAUUGUUGCUGAAAUUUGUACCUUUGAACAUUGUUGUGGAGGGAGUGAUAGUAGUUUGCAUGGGACUGAUGUGUUUUGUAAUGUAGAAGUCAUAGAGAUGUUCUCCAAAAUUUAUUCACUUUGGUGUGCCAAGGUAUUAAGUGUUUAUUUUCACUGCAUUCUCUACAGCAAUAUCUGAGCAAUCUCUAGGUUAUGAAAUUUUCUAUAAUAAAGGUUUUUGUGUUUCUCACUGAUGUUUUUACCUCCAUCUAUCUAUCUAUCUAUCUAUCUAUCUAUCUUUCUUAAGGUGAUUGCUUUGGUUAUUGCAAGUUGCUGCUGAUGAAUUAGUAGAAUAUGGAUUGUUAAAGUAAUAGGAGUCAUCAUAAAAUGGAUGGUUUGGGCCGCUUCCUUCCUCCUGUGGUUGGAAAUGGUGAUACAAAUAAUCCAGAAGAAUUACUGAAACUUCUGAUAGAUGAAAAAAUUCGAAGUGAACGCCAUAAAGCAAAUUAUCAAAUUUUAAAGGCAGAACAUCAAAGAUUACAGGGCGAUUAUACCAAAUCACAAGAAGAAGUGAAGCAGUUAUUAGAUGAAAAACAGGCUGCAAAUGACAAAGUUCAGCAGCUUGUCACUGAACAUCAAGAGCAAUUGCUGAGUAAAUCACAAGAGCUGGAAAAACUGAAGAUGCAGGUGAUGACUCCUCAAAAAUUAGAACUGUUAAAAGCAAAAAUACAGGAGGAAUUGGAAUCUCCUAUGAGAGAACGUUAUCAGAAGCUAGAAGAUGAAGUGGAAAAAUACAGAACACUGUAUAACAAACUUCGUUACGAACAUACUUUUCUGAAAUCAGAAUUUGAACACCAACAGGAAGAACAUGCACGUAUUUUAGAACAGAAGAAAAUAAAAUAUGAGGCUGAGAUUGCAAGACUGGAUAAAGAUAAAGAAGAACUCCAUAAUCGGCUGCUUAGUGUUGAUCCCACGAAGGACAAUAAACGUGUGGAGGCACUCUCUAGAGAAAAGGCACAACUGUGUCAGAAAUUAAAAGCCUUAGAAGCAGAAGUAGAAGAACUAAGAGCAGAAAAGCACAAUUGUGGUGUGCAAGCAGAAAAUGUUCAAAGAGUACAAGCACGACAGUUAGCUGAGAUGCAGGCUACAAUGCGGUGUCUAGAGGCAGAAAAGAAGUCUGCUGAACUGCAAGUUGAUCGAAUUGAGAAAGAACUGCAGAUGAGUAAUGAGCAGAACAUUGUCUUAACUAGCAAACUUCACAAAUGUGAACGAGAAGUCAAUUCCUUAGCUGCUAAAGUAGAAGAACUUAAACAUUCACAUAAAUUGGAAUUAACAAAUGUCAAACUGGAGGCAGCAAGAACAAAGGGUGAGGUAGAAAGGGAGAAAAACAGGAUUCAAAGUGAAAUGGAUGGAUUGCUGUCCGACAAGGAAAUUCUUAAGGCAGCUGUUAAACGUCAUAAAGUGCUUUUAGUAGAAAAGGAUCGGGAGCUAAUUCGUAAAGUGCAAGCUGCCAAAGAGGAAGGUUUUGACAAUAUUGCAACCUUACAGAAUGAAAAGUUAGAACUCGAGAACAGAUUAGCUCAUCUAGAGAAGAUGAAACUGGAACAAGAUACUUGGAGACAGUCUGAAAAGGAUCAGUAUGAAGAGAAACUACGUGCUGCACAGAUGGCAGAAGAAUCUAGCAAAAAGGAACUUCAGCGUUUGAGAUUGAAAAUUCAGCAGCAAACUAUGCAGAGGAAAGAACUGGAAGAAUGGAAACGUGAAAGUGCUGAUCAGAAACGGCAAAUCCACGACAUGCAACUCCAGCUUGCCUCACUUUCUCAAUCAGAAAAGGAUUUGCUGGAGUCUAAUGAGAAGUUGAAGGAAAGAAUAGAAAGAUUGAAACAAGAAUGUCAACUGGCAGAGAAAGCUCAACUGGAAAGAGAGAAGACUUUAGAAUGCCAUCGUAUGGAAUGGCUACAGGAGAAGCGUAUGCUUACUCAGUGCAUCACAGACUACGAAGAGAAAUACAACCAACUGAGGAACAAGCUGUGUCGAGCUGCUGUUGCUCAGAAAAAGAGAAAGACUCUCAAUGACAAUAAACAAAGGAGGAUGCGUGAAAAAAUAGAACUUUUGGAAGCCAAGAUGGAAGAACUAGAAAAGCAAAAUCAGAUGUUAAUUAGGCAGAAUGUUUCCUCUGAGGAAUACACACGCCUCCAGAAGAGACUAAAGGACCUGCAACGUCGGCACAAUGAAUUCCGGAGUAUAAUUCUGAACCCUAACAUACCGCCACUCAAUCCACUUGGGAUAAUGCCAUCAUCGUCUGCCCUGCCUCCCGGGUCUGAAGUGUCCUUCCCUCUUCUUCAGGAGGAGCAGCAUCAAAGGGAGCUUUCCCUGCUUCGCAAGAGGUUGGAGGAACUAGAAACCAGACAGAGAAAACAGCUGGAAGAUCUUGGACCACCUAGAGAGCGGGUAAUGGGGGAUGCCUACAGGGACUUGGCAAGAAACAAGAUCACUGGAGAAAGCGAAGCACAAAGUGAGGACUCCAAAUAAAUCUGCAAACUCUCCAUGCUAUUAACUUGCAAUAACUUAUCCUUUGUAUGUGCUUUUAAUAUUUUGCCAAAAACAUGCCUGUACGUGCCUGAAUAGAAUCAAAUAUACUCUUCAGAGUUCCCCCUUUUUGGCUCAACUUGUUUAACUAUUCAGACUAAGGUCAAAAAUACCUUUUACCACUGGGAAUCAUAAAAAUAUAUAUUAUUGUUAUAUAUGUUAUAUAUAUAACAUAAAAAUAUAUCUAGGGUUGCCAUCCAUGAGGGAGUACGCUCCCUGAAUUCAGGUUACGAGUGCUGUGAUACUUGGCAUCACAGGGGCUAUGGGCUCAAUAUUGGGAUUCAAUUGCAGACAGUUUGUUCCUGAUCAGCUAGACUUCCCACUUCUCUCAAAUUCCUCAUUUUCUGGGCAAGCGUACAGGGAGUGAAUUCCCUCCCACUGUAAGCAAAGAGCAGGUUGAGGAUGGCUUGUUGAAGCUGAUUAACCACAAAUCUGUUGGACCUGGUGAUGGGCAUCCCAGGGUCCCCAGGGAAUUGGCUGAUGUUGCCAUGCCCUUCUCCAUCAUAUUUUUAAAAGUCAUGGCAGUCAGGCAAAGGCCUCAGCGACUGGAAAAAAAGAAACGUUGCUCCUGUUUUUUAAAAGGGGAGAAAGGAUGAUCCAUCAGCUACAGACUGGUGAGCCUCCCCUCUGUGCCUGGGAAGAUCAUGGAGCAGAUCCUCCUAGAAGAUGUGCUAAGGCACAUAAAAGACAAGGAGAUGAUCUGAGGCAGCCAGCACAGUUUACUAAGGGCAAAUGGUGCCUGACCAAUCUGGUGGCCUUCUGUGGUGAGUGAUGGCAAUGGCUGAAAAGGGAAGACCGACAGAUGUCAUCUAUCUAGACUUCUGUAAGGCCUUUGAUACUGUCCCACAUGACAUCCUUAUCUCCAGACUGGAAAGACCAUGGAUGGGCUGUUGAGUGGAUAAGAGUUGGCUGGAUGGGUGCAGCCAGAACAUUUGGUCUGUGGCUCUGUGUCUGGGUAGAGGAAGGUCAUGAGUGGUGUCCCUCAGGGCUGGCUCUGUCUGGGGGCUGAUGCUCUUCAGUAUCUUCAUCAGUGACACAGGCAGUGAGAUCAAGUGCACCCUCGGCAAGUUUGCAGACAACAGGAAGCUGCACGGUGCAGUUGACACAACAGAAGGAAGGGAUGUCAUCCAGGGGGACCUGGCCAAGCUUGAGCAGUGGGCACACGAGCACCUCAUGAAGUUCAACAAGUCCAAGCGCAAGGUGCUACAUCUGGGUUUGGUGAAUCCCAGACAUGAGUACAGACUGGGAGAAGUCACUGAGAGCAGCCCUGUCGAGAACAACUUGGGGGUUCUUGUGGAAGAAAAUCUGGACACAACUGUGUGUGCUCACAGCCCAGAAGGCCAGUUGUGUCCUGGGCUGCAUCAAAAGAGGAGUGGCCAGCAGGUCGAGGCAGGUGAUUCUCCCCCUCUACGCUGCUCUGGUGCAACAUCUCUUUGAGUGCUGCAUCCAGCUCUGUGGUCCCCAGCACAGGAGGGACAUGGACCUGUUGGAGUGAAUCCAGAGGAGGUCACCAAGACAAUUAGAGGGAUGGAGCACUUUUCCUGUGAAGACAGGCUGAGAGAGCUGGGGUCGUUCAUCAGGGAGAAGAGGCGGCUUCAGGUAGACCACAUUAUUCUUCCAGUACUUAAAGAGGGCUUAUAAAAAGGAGAGGGAAUUUUUAUAUGGGCAGAUAGUGUCAGGAACAGGGGGCAGUGGCUUUAAACUGAAAGAGAGAAGGUUUAGUUUAGAUAUUUGGAAGAAAUUCUUUACUAUGAGGGUGGUGAGGCACUGAAACAGAUUGACAAGAGAAGCUGUGGAUGCCCUGUCCCUUGAAGUGUUCCAGACCAGGUUGGAUGGGGUUUUUGAGCAGUCUGGUCUAUUGGAAGGUGUCCCUGCCCUUGGUGGGGGGGUGAAACUAACUGACCUUUGGGGCCUUCUGACCCAAAUCAUUCCAUGAGUCUGUGAACGAUUGCCAAGGCAGGCACUCCUUCCUGGUAAGUGUUUUCAGUAUUUUUCCAUAAAGUCAAAAUGUGAAAUAAAAUAUUUAACAAGAUCUGGGUUGUUGAAAAUAUAACUGACAUUUAAAAUAAAAAUUUAAUUUUUUUUUUAAUAAAUCCUUUAAAACUUGAUAAUAUCCUCUUCUUCAAUGGAUAUUACUCUGGGUUGCUGUAUGAUCAUUACCAUUGCUGUAGUCUACACUUGGGAAUGUUAUUUUGAUGUUCCCAUGCACAUAAGGAGGAUAAAAUGAGAUUUUAAAAGUUCUGAAAAAUUUUAUUUGCUACCCUUGAGAAUGUGCUUUUUGAAUUUUUAUAACAGAAAUAGGCAAUAAUUUUUUUAAUAUAAUAUAGCAGAGAUAAGUGUAACAA